GAAGUUAAUUUUGGGCAGUUUCAGAGAACACUUCCGGUAUGCGAGUGGCCAUGUUUGCAUCAACUUGGCAAAUAGUUGGCGAAGUCUGGCCCGAAGUAGACUCAUCAAACCAGUCGAAACAUCACCGAAGCAUGUCGUGAGGGCUGUGGGACAUCUAUGAAGACCCUAGCUUGCCGUAGAAGUGCUCCUUUAUCCAAUAUUUGAAGAAGAUUUGUCGUGAGAAACGCCGCGCCGUGUCGAACCCCCCUCCCAUCAUCCACUUCUAAUUUGAAUGGAUCGACUCAACUUGCCGAACUUGAUAAACCGGUUCCCGAAAUGAUCUCAGACUAAUACAGAACCACGGCUGGCCGUGUAACUCUGAGAAGUUGCAGAGAUCUCCUUAGAAAAUUCCUUAAAGUGAGAGCCAAGGCGAUCCGGAUCCGUCGAGCAUGGCCGGAGCGGCGGCGAAAGGUCUGCGGGAGUGGGCGAAGCAGGUGACCGCCGGGUAUGAAGGAGUGUCCGUUACCAACCUGACGACUUCGUGGCGGGAUGGGAUGGCGUUCUGUGCUAUCAUUCACCACUUUAGACCCGACCUCAUAGACUUUGGUUCACUUUCAAAGGAGAAUAUUCGGGAAAACAACAAGCUGGCUUUUGAUGUGGCGGAGCAGGAGUUGGGCAUCCCUUCUCUACUGGACCCUGCAGACAUGGUGGCACUGAAAGUUCCUGACAAACUCAGCAUCAUGACGUACCUGUCACAGCUAUACAACUUCUUCAGUGGGCCAGGGCUCGGAGGUGCAGGUAAGGGAGGAGUGAAGCGACCUCCAGCCAGUCUGUCUCCUGCUGCAGGGGUCAAGAAGUCCAAGGCUGUGGAUGAUGAUGAUAACCCCUUCAAGGCCUACCUAGCACAAGAACCAGUGUUACAAGAAACCAACAAGACUGAGGACAAAAGGCGCAGACGGAGCCCGUCACCCUCACCCUUCUCCAAGAGUCAAUUAUCUUCUCUGAAAUCCAGCCUCCAGGAGGACAUUGAGCAGUUCAUGCCAGCAGAGGUGGUGCAGCGCAGCGACAAGAACUGUUCUGUCUGUGACAAGUACGUCCACAUCGUGGAGAAGGUCUUCGUGGAUGGGAAAAUGUACCACAGGAACUGCUUCAGAUGUACGAUCUGCAAAGUGAGUUUGAAAGCCGGAGCUUACAAGGACGGCAGUGCCCCAGGAGAACUCAUCUGCAGUCGCCACAGCCAGGCAGCCGAGUACCGAACACCUGAGCCGGAGAAGCCGAAACCAGAGCCCGUGAAGAAGCCAGAAGUAGAAAUAAGAGUGGAAGAAGAGUCACCAAGUGUGGCUGCAAAAGCUCGAGCGAGAUUCUUUGAAGAACAGGCUCAGCAGAAUGAAAAGGAGGCUGGCGCAGACCCCUUUGCAAAACGGUCCGCCCAGAAGGCUAAACAAGAGGCCGAGGACAAGGAGAACAAGAAUAUGCUUCCUGGUAUCUUAAAGAACAUUGCUGAUGCAAAGAAGAAGAACCAAGCUAAGCAACUAGCUGAGGAGGCACCUCCCGCAAAGCCUCCCAGAUCUCCGUACGGCAUCAAGAAUGGCAACGGAAACAACAACUCUCCUCCGACGCCAAGGAAGGACUUGAGUCACGAGGACGUAGUUAUGGCAGACGUUGCAGAACUUACUCCCCCACCGAGAAGAAAGAAAUCCGACAAGUCAAAAAAGACCAAAGAAGGGGACAGGAGCAAAUCUCCUGCCCCACCAAGUCCUAAAGCUGAGCCUGUAGCUCCUAAACCUGAAGCAGUAUCCAUGAAUACUGAUGUCCAAAAGACUGAAAAGCCAGAAAAACUAAAGCCACAGGAAGUUGAGACAACAAAGCCACCAAGAGAUGUAUCUCCAAAACCAGCAGAAAGAAAAGUUCCAAAACCAAGGCCUAGAAAGGCUCCAGGGGAAAAUGGAGGCGACGCUACAGUUCCUUUAGAAACCCCAAAACCCAAGCCACGUCCACGCAGUGCAGAGAUUUUAGAACAACCUGUAGCAAAGCCACCUGAGUCUUAUCCUGAAGAAAAGAAUCCAUUCGAUGAAGAACCAAGUCCAGCAGAACCGGUGCAGUCCAAAAUACCAGAAAAAGUUGCAGUUCCUAGUGCAGAAAAAGCUCCAGUAAAAGAGGUUGAAAAGGCUGGUCCUAGUGUAGGUGGAACAAAGUCAAAGGAGGAAAGAUUGGCUGAUCCAAAGCCAAAAGAAACACCAACAAAUCAGCCCAAACAAGAUGAAAUUGUUGUAAACCAGCCUAAACCGGAACAAACCAGUACAAACAAAUCCUCUGAAGAGAAAAAACUGCCAUCACCAAAAUCUGAACCAGCGCAAGUCCCACCAGCUACAGAAACUCCGUCUGCAGAAACAAACAGGCCAGAACGUGCCAAUCCCUUUGACACGAAACCGUCAGAUCGACCGAAUCCGUUCGACACCAAACCAACCGAGAGGAAGCUGACUCGGUUGAAGUGCAGUCUGAACCCGUUUGAUGAGCCGAGUGAUGAGGAGGAAGAUGAUGAUUCCAGGUCUGACAGUCUCAACCCCUUCGACAUCAGUGAUGAUGAUCUCUCAGUGUCUACCGUAGAGCUGUGUCUCUAUGGAACAAGCUUCCUCCUGAUCGCUUUCCUGAUGGGUAUAUCCUUGACUGCCGCAAGUCAAGGGUCCAUAGACAUCUUACUACCUGGUGGUAAUACCAUACUACUUCAAAUCCUGCAUUGCUUUAACUUUGACUUCACCCCUAUGGCCCUUUCUCUGAUCUACAAUUUACUAGUUACGUAUCUCACCUUCCUAAUGUAUGUUUCUCACCAUCUCCACAGAGGAGAGAAAGAUGCAGACAGCGCCACACCAGAGAAGGAGGGCUCACCUCAGAAGGCACAGAAAAAGAGAAGAGCACCAGCACCUCCAGUCUACAGGAGACAGAUCAACUCCAAGAACCGAGUUCCUCAGGAUGAGAUCGACAAGGAGCUUCGGGAGCUGGAGAAACAGCUGACUGAGCUGGAACAUCGCGGGGUCAAGCUGGAGAUCAUGCUCAGACAUGGCAUGGCCAGUACCAUUGCUGGAGAGGACGAGGAUGAGCUGCUCUCUGAUUGGUUCAGCCUGGUCAAUGAAAAGAACAAGCUAGUUCGGCGGGAGACAGAACUGGUCUACAUUACCAGACAACAGUCCCUGGAGGACCAGCAGGCCAAUGUGGAGUAUGAGCUGAGAUGCCUGAUGCAGAUCCCAGAGGAGAAGAAGUCUAUGGGAGAGAAGUCUCGAGAGGCAAGACUUCUUAACGAACUCCUUGAGAUUGUGGCAGAGAGGAACAGUAUUGUGGAUAGCCUGGAUGAAGACAGGAUCAGGGAAGAAGAGGAAGACAGGGACAUAGAAGCAAUGAUGGCUGAUAAAGGGGCACUGAGUGCACCCCCCCAACAGCCUGAGGACCAGGAGCCUCCAAAAGAGAAGAAGGGAAGGGGACUGUUUGGGAAGAAGGACAAGAAAGAAAAGGAGAAGGACAAAGUCAAAAGAAAACCCAAAGUGCAGAUAUAGAUUGAGGCAUUCCUUACAGACUAAUUUCUACAUUUUUCUGUUGUUACAACAGGCUUUAAUUUAUGCAGGGUUUGUCACAAAUCUACUGUUACUGGACAGAAUAUCUCAAUGCACAUCUGCACAAUUAGACAUGUAUGUUUCAGACAUGUAUAACUUGGUGCAGUAGAAGAUGUUACAAGUGUUAGUGUAAAUUUUGUACUGAUAGGUAAAAGCCAUUGAAAUCUUAGAGGGGCAUUCUGGCAAUAACAUUCUUGGUUGAAUAGAAUGUACGUAUACGCGUAUACGUAUACAUGUACAUUGUACUUAGUUCGGGGAGGGUUUUGGUAAUUGUUUCCUAUGUGUAAUGAGGCAGACUUAGCAUGAUGUUGUUACUUGGGCCUUCAUUGUAUGUUUAAGUCCCUUCCUGUCGCUAAUUUAUUACUGGUGCUUUUGGAACUGGAAUGGAAAACCCAUGCCAGAAUAGUAGAGUAUCAGAUAAAGUUUGAGUUCUUAAGCUAUUUUUGUAACAUGACUCUACUUUCAAAAGGGCAUUUGCCCACAAUUCAUGAAGCAACUAACAUGAACUGCAUUAACUUGACUUGAUGGAAGCUUUUUAAGUUUUGAGAUGCCACCAUUCAAAGGUUUAGCUUUUAUCUAAUUUCAAUUUUCAUUUAUUUCCUUUAUGUGUAGUGUUACAUUCAAAUCCCCACCAUUCCUUUUAUAUUUAAAUCAGAUGAUGGCAUUUAAUUUGCCAUUGGCUUCUGCUGCUAGAUUGGGCUUGCACAGGCAAAGUUUACUUGCGAAGUAUUGCUGCAACUGGUAUUGUCUGUUUGUUCUCUACCUAAUUUUAUUCAAUAUGGGGAAAAGCCACGAUGUAGUUAGAAAUACAUAUUAGAACUGUUCAAUAUAUUAAAGAGCUAGCUGAUGUUCAAUGGUAAGUAACAAUAUUUCUAUCCUCUUUUAUGUGAAGUUCGAAACCUGUACUUAAUUUUAUUUUUUACAUACUAUAGAUGCUUGUAGAGCAAGCAUCGUGCACAUAUCAUGCUCAAGCUAUUUGAA